AUGGCCGCCACCGCCACCACCUUCUCUCACCUCUCUCUCUCCCCCAAGCUCCCAACUUUUCCACUCCCCACCACGCCCUCAACAAAACCCAGGACCUUGAAGUUGAAGAUCACUUUCUGUCUGUCCCUAAAGCAAUCCAAUGACCAAACUCUCACAACCCAAAACGCCGCCGUCGACAACCUCCGUGUGGUCUUCGGCGCAGGAGGCACCGGCGGCCACAUAUACCCUGCUGUUGCCAUAGCCGAUGAGCUCAAGAACACCAAACCCACCACCCAAAUCCUCUUUUUAGGCUCACCCAAUAGCAUGGAAAGCACCGCAAUACCCUCAGCCGGCUACGACUUCGACACCGUACCCACCACCAAAUUACACCGCCCACUCCUCUCUCCUAAGAACAUUUUCCUCCCGUAUAAUUUGAUCAGGUCCAUCAUCCACAGUUACUCAAAAUUGCGUGAUUUUGAGCCCCAUAUCGUUUUUGGUACUGGUGGGUAUGUAUCCUUCGCUAUAGGCUUGGCGGCCAAGCUGAAAGGCGCCAAGCUUGUAAUCCAAGAACAGAACGCUGUUCCAGGGAUAGCCAAUUGGGUUCUCUCAUUUUUAGCUGAUGCUGUGUUUGUGGCUUUCGAUUCCACCAUUGAUUGCUUCCCAAGAGGUAAGACCAAGUGCGUGGUUUGUGGCAAUCCGGUGAGGUUGUCUUUGAAAAAGCAAGUGUCGAAGGCGGUGGCAAGGGGGCGUUUUUUUCCAAGCUCCUGUGAGAUUGGGGAGUUGGAGAAGGCUAAGGUUCUUUUGGUUCUUGGAGGGUCUUUGGGUGCUAAUGCUAUUAACAUUGCUGUGCUGAAUUUAUAUUAUCAGAUGCUGUUGGAGAAUGAGAACUUGUUUAUUAUAUGGCAAACUGGGGUGGAGGCCCAUAAUGAGAUGGAAAGUCUUGUUAAGAAUCAUCCACAUUUACUUUUGACACCGUUCAUGCAUUCAAUGGAUUCGGCAUAUGCAGCUGCAGACCUUGUUGUAUCUAGAGCUGGUGCAAUGACUUGCUAUGAGAUUUUGGCAACUGGGAAGCCUUCCAUUCUGAUACCAUCACCUAAUGUUGCCGAAGGUCAUCAAUUCAAAAAUGCUUCUUUAAUGGCAGACUUAGCAGGAGCAAGGGUUAUAACUGAAGAUGAACUUGAUUCAACAACCCUUGGAGGUGCAAUUGAAGAGAUUUUAGGGGACGAGAGUAAAAUGGCAGAGUUGUCUGAAAGGGCUCUGAAAACUUCAAAUUCCAGUGCCUCUGUAGAGAUUGCACAACACAUACUUUCUCUAGUCAACUUAUCAACAUCAAAGGAGAAGUAG